UUGUUUCGACGGCUACACUCCCUAGCUGGCCUAGAGGGCUGUUAUAUGGAUGAGGACGGAAUUACGGGCGGGUUACAAGAGGAAAGUGGUGCUAGAGUUAAUUUUAAGGACGAGAGUACUUUAAGUCGGUCAUCCGACGACAAUAGAACAGUGAUUAUACGCGGUACUUCCGAGUCCGCACAAAAAGCUGAACUAAUGAUUCGAAAAAUCAUUGCUGACAUGCCCGCAAUUCUGACUGAAGAAAUUCAGGUUCCAGCAGUUGCAUUGGGUAGAAUAAUAGGUCGUGGAGGAGAAAAUGUUCGUGAACUUUCACGUAUUUCUAAAGCCAAAAUCUACAUUGAACGUACUACGGAAGACCAUAAUAAAGUUGGUAACCGAAAAGUGACAAUAACAGGCUCUCGAGAACAGAUUGAUCUGGCAAAGAAUCUGAUUGAUGAGAAAAUUCACGAAGAAGAAGCAUUCCGAGCCAAAAAGUCUGUGAUGGAAGCAAAUCGUGAACAACGAACGUCACAUCGGAAAGAUCGUACACCUGAACAUGACACACAUCACAUAUCACCAGCUAUGUUGAAAGAUGAAUCUUGGGAGAGUACCAAAGCAGUAAUGCCAGAACAGAAAGAUUAUAUGGAAGUUUAUAUUUCUGCUAUUGAACAUCCAGGACAUUUCUGGGUUCAGAUUCUAAGUUCAGAAGCAAUGCAGUUAGACCGUAUGACAGAUGAAAUGAACAGAUUUUAUUCCACAGACGAAGCAAAAUUGUCUUAUUCCAUUUCUGAUAUUUCCAUUGGUGAUAUGGUUGCUGCACCAUUUGAAAGUGAUAAUGCUUGGUACAGAGCCAAGGUUAUAGGUAUACAUGAAGAUAAAGUAGACCUAUACUUUGUAGAUUUUGGCGACAGUGAAUUUGUGUGGAGAAACCAAAUUCGUCAACUCAGACCUGAUUUUCUUAGCCUGAAAUUCCAGGCUGUGGAGUGUAAAUUGGCAAACAUUAAACCUACAGGGGAAAAUUGGAGUGAGGCCGCAAUAGACUUUUUCGAGGAGAUUACCUAUUGUGCUCAGUGGAAGGUAUUAAUAGCUAAAACUGUCACUUACGAAUCAACAGCCAGUGGUAUGAUACCAUGUUUACAGUUAUAUGACACCAAUGGUGAUGAGGAUAUUGAUAUAAAUGAAGAAAUGGUGUCAAAGAAACAUGGUAUUUUAGAUGAUUUGAUGACAGCAGGCGAGGAAGCUACAGCUUCUUCUCUGUUUGAGAAACACAGAGAAAGUAUUUCUGAUACUGAUAUAUUUUUCCGAAGACCAUCUAUAAAACACAGAGAAAGUAUUUCUGAUACUGAUAUAUUUUUCCGAAGACCAUCUAUAAAACAUGUAGAUGAUAAAGCUUUUGUUCCGCCUGCUGAGAAAGGAUGGGUUACUGAGUACCCCUGGGCUUGGGCCUAUAAUGAUGAAACCCCCUGGCAGGAAACUGUUAAAAAAGAAACUGAAUAUCAAGACAAAUGGUUAGCACAGAAAGACAGCUUCAGCCCUAAAGAUUCUCCUGAAGGGGAGAGAACUCUAGCUGGAGCUGGCACUUCUAAUCUACUGGAUUAUGAAACCAUGGCAAUUUCUACAGCUGUUACUUCCAGUGAAAGUAACAUUGAUGACCAAAAUCAACUAACAUUUCGUACUGAACCUGACGAAGAGUCUUGUUUGAAUAACAAUAUGCAGUUAUCAACCGAGACUCUUCUUAUUGAUGAUCAUAAAAACAUUGAAAUUCUUGACAACCGAAUGGCUGAAAUUAUUAAGACUGAUGAGAUUGUUGAUAAUAUACAGGGCAGGGAUAUUUAUUCAAGUAAAGACAUUCUAAAACGUGACUCAUGUGACAGUGAACAAUUAGACACCGUCAGCACUGAUAUUACUAUAAGUGAUGAUACAGGAUUUAAUAUGUCGAUUUCUGAAGCAGAGGCUUAUGAUCAAGACCAUCGAAGAUUUUCAGACAUGACAACAUCGCAGUCUUCGGAUAUGAACAUUUCGCAAUCGGACACCAUGUCGGCAGGUGAUGUUAUGUCUGAUGGAGCUAGUGAGAAUUUGGAAGAGAUUGACUACUCAGAUUUCCCAGGAAUGAGCUUUACAGAUUUCAAUUCCCCUACCAAAGAUUUUGAUCUGAGCUUUGUGUCUGAAAGAGACAGUGGUUUGGAUAAUACACUAAACAUUAGUGAAGAUUUUGAUAGGGAGUCCAUGGCUUCUACACCCAAUGGCCAGUCAACACAUUUACAGAGUUACUUAAAUCAGUCAGUUGCUUUUAAUCAAGUUGAGUCGAAGCUUACUGGAGGGUUUGAUUCUACUUCAAGUAGUGUCCUGCAAGUUGCUGACACCAUUUCGACAACUACUGAAGAAGGGACCAAUAUUUCACAAGAUAGAUCUGGCAUCAUCUUUGAUGCAUCAUUUUACCAAAGGGACCAAGAUAUGUUCCCAGAAAGUCAAAGUUUAUCAAAUAUUCAAGGAACUCAAAAUAUAAUUUAUCAAAAUAUUUGUGAAUCAAAACAUGAAUCUGAAGGUCAUAAUGAAAAUAAGAUUUCUGAUUCAAAUCUUUCUGAAAUUGUUUCUGAUAAUUCUGAUGAAUCUCCACCAAUAGGAGUAAGUUACUGUGUCAUAUCUGAUAAAGACAUGAAUCUCAAUAAACGUUCUGUGUUUUCAACUUGUAUUGAUCCAAAUAGUAAUCCGACGUUGUCAGAUUCUACUGGUGAUCAUGAGAUACCGAAUUUUUCUAGUGUACAACCUCAAGAGACAGUUCUAAUAAGUGAACAACAACAAUUAGAUUUAAUUAUGGAACAAGAUCAAUCAAAUUUGAUCACUGAACAAGACCAUUCUAAAUUAGUUAGUGAACAAGACCAUUCUAAAUCGAUUAAUGAACAAGAAAAAUCAGAUUUUAUCAGUGAAUCCAAAAAGGCUGAUUUGAAAAUGUUACAAGACAAAUCAAAUUGUGAACAAAAGCAGUCCUUUGUGAUUAGUGAGCAGGUACAAUCCAUCAUGAAUAUUGAACAUAAACCACCAAAUUUGAUUAGUGAACAAGAACACUCAAAAUUGAUCAGUGAACAAAGCAUGGAAGAAUCUUCUGUGGAUCCACCUUCUAUGUCAUCAGAUAAUGAUAUACUUACAAAUCUUGUUUUUGUUGAUUCUUGUGAUUCAGUUCCAGCAGAUAACUUAAAUGUACAAACUUCUGUGGAUAAUACUUCAAAUGUGAAUUAUUCCUCAUAUGUUAUAGCAAGUAAGGAAAGUUCUGUUGACACAGAAGUGGUUCAACAAGUUAGUGGCAGAGAACUACAUGGUCGAUUAUCCAAAGGGAUGGAAAUGUCUGUAGAUUUAUGUACUCAAUAUUCUGCUAGAAAAGAAAUGACAAGCAUUACGUCAGAAAUUCUCACUGAGUCCGAAAUAUUCCAGAGAACUUCUGUUAAUCAAGGCAUUUCAAAUUCACAGCAUCUUACAGGUGAAUCAUUGGUAGAUAUCAGGACAAGUUCUGUUGAUGAAGGUAUUCUUCAUAAUCUGACAAGUGAAUUGUCAGUAGAUGUUUUGGCAGGUGAAUCAUCAGUAGAUGUCCAAAGAAAUUCUACUGAAGAAAUACAGAACCUGAAAGGUGAUUCAUCGGUUGAUGUCCUGGCAAGUGAAUCACCAGUAGAUGUCCAAAGAAGUUCUGCUGAUGAAAAUACUCUUCAGAUACAGAACCUAACAGGUGAUUCCUCUGUUGAUGUCCUGGCAAGUGAAUCAUCAGUAGAUGUCCAAAUAAGUUCUGCUGAUGAAAAUACUCUACAGAUACAGAACCUAACAGGUGAUUCCUCUGUUGAUGUCCUGGCAAGUGAAUCAUCAGUAGAUGUCCAAAUAAGUUCUGCUGAUGAAAAUACUGUACAGAUACAGAACCUGACAAGUGAUUCAUCUGUUGAUGUCCUGACAUGUGAAUCAUCAGUAGAUGUCCAAACAAGUUCUACUGAUGAAAAUACUCUACAGAUACAGAACCUGACAGGCGAUUCACAAUUUGAUGUCCUGACAAGUGAAUCAUCAGUAGAUGUCGAAAGAAGUUCUGCUGAUGAAAAUACUCUACAGAUAAACAAUCUGGCAGGUGAUUCAUCUGUUGACGUCCUGACAAGUGAACUAUCAGUAGAUGUUCAAAGAAGUUGUGUUGAUGAAGAUACUUUACAGAUGCAGAACCUGACAGGCGAUUCACAAUUUGAUGUCCUGACAAGUGAAUCAUCAGUAGAUGUCGAAAGAAGUUCUGCUGAUGAAAAUACUCUACAGAUACACAAUCUGGCAGGUGAUUCAUCUGUUGACGUCCUGACAAGUGAAUCAUCAGUAGAUGUUCAAAGAAGUUGUGUUGAUGAAGAUACUUUACAGAUAGAGAACCUGACAGGCGAUUCACAAUUUGAUGUCCUGACAAGUGAAUCAUCAGUAGAUGUCGAAAGAAGUUCUGCUGAUGAAAAUACUCUACAGAUACACAAUCUGGCAGGUGAUUCAUUUGUUGACGUCCUGACAAGUGAAUCAUCAGUAGAUGUUCAAAGAAGUUGUGUUGAUGAAGAUACUUUACAGAUGCAGAACCUGACAGGUGUUGAUGUCCUGACAAGUGAAUCAGCAGUAGAUGUCCGAACAAGUUCUACUGAUGAAAAUACUCUACAGCUACAGAACCUGACAGGCGAUUCACAAUUUGAUGUCCUAACAAGUGAAUCAUCAGUAGAUGUCGAAAGAAGUUCUGCUGAUGAAAAUACUCUACAGACACCCAAUCUGGCAGGUGAUUCAUCUGUUGAUGACCUGGCAAGUGAUUCAUCUGUUGAUGUCCUGACAAGUGAAUCAUUAGUAGAUGUUCAAAGAAGUUGUGUUGAUGAAGAUACUUUACAGAUGCAGAACCUGACAGGUGUUGAUGUCCUGACAAGUGAAUCAGCAGUAGAUGUCCGAACAAGUUCUACUGAUGAAAAUACUCUACAGCUACAGAACCUGACAGGCGAUUCACAAUUUGAUGUCCUAACAAGUGAAUCAUCAGUAGAUGUCGAAAGAAGUUCUGCUGAUGAAAAUACUCUACAGACACCCAGUCUGGCAGGUGAUUCAUCUGUUGAUGUCCUGGCAAGUGAUUCAUCUGUUGAUGUCCUGACAAGUGAAUCAUUAGUAGAUGUUCAAAGAAGUUGUGUUGAUGAAGAUACUUUACAGAUGCAGAACCUGACAGGUGUUGAUGUCCUUACAAGUGAAUCAACAGUAGAUGCCCAAAGAAGUCCUGCUGUUGAUGUCCCAACAAAACAUAUUGAAAGUAUUUUUCAUUUACAAACUCCAAAUGAAAACACUUCACAUACAUCAAAUGACACAGGUGAAUCAUCAGUUAAUAUUCUAACAAGCUCUAUUCAUGAAAGUAGUUUACAGAUACAGAAACUGACAAGUAAGUCAUCACUUGAUGUUAAUGAACAUAUUUUGCAGACACAGAAUCUAAUGGAUGAUUCAUCAGUUGACGGAAGUUCCAUGGAUGAAAGCAUUUCACUAAAACGAAAUGAAACUUGGGAAUCAUCAAUUGAUGUCCAAAGAAGUGCUCCUGCAGAAAGCAUUUUACAGACAAAGAAUCUGAUAGAUGAGUCAUCGGCUGUUGAUGUCAAAACAAGCUCUGCUGAUGAAAUUAAUUUACAAACACCUGGUCUAAAUGAAAUAGGAGAAUCAUCAGUUGAUGUCCAGAAAUCUUCCAUGGAUGAAAUUACUUCGUCCAAGACACCAAAGACGAGGGAAUCAAAAGUUGAUGUCCAGAAAAGUUACAUGGAUCAAAAUGAGAUGGAAUUGUCUUUAGAAUUGCCAGUUGAUGCCAAACAAAGUGUUCUUGAUGACAAUGAAUUGCAGACACGAGUAGUGACAAGAGAAUCACCAAUUGAUUUUAUAGAAACGGAUAGAGCUGGGGGUCUUGUUACUGAAAUUCAACAAGAUAAUUGGCAGAGAGAUGAAAUUAUUUUAGAAGAUGAACUGUCUGUACAAAAUCUAGACUACUUUAAUGGUAAUCUAGAUGAAAAUACUGAAUUACACAUCCUUGUGCAAGGUAAAUCAGACACAGUAUUGUCUUAUUCAAUAAAAAGUGAAGUUGAAACCAUUGUGCCUAUAUUAGUUCCGUGUGAUGUGAAUGAUGCUGAUAUAAAAUCUGAUUUUGCCGAACUAAACAUUCCUUUAAUAGAAUAUGUAAAUGAGAAGUAUGAGAAAAGUAGUUUUGAACAAUGUGAAGCUGUGAUGCGUUUUGUGAUAGUUGAACCAGUUACUAUAGUAGUGGAUGAACAUUAUUUUGAUUUAUUUAUCCAAUCUCAAAAAGAAAAAAGUGAAAAAGAUUGUGUUUCAAUUGAGUUGGGAACAAAUAUUCAUUAUCCAGCAUCUACUGAAAUGUUACAAAGUUUUCUAGAAAUUGAUUCAAGUCCUGUAACUAUAACAGAUUGUCGCUAUUAUGAAGCUUCAACUAUGCCCUUGGGUCAGAGAAGUGAAAUUAAUCUCACAUCUCAUUAUAAGACUUUAGAACUUUCUAAAUCAAUAACUCAGCAAAAAGUGUUUGUUGAGUCUUACAAUGCCGAACUUCUAUAUUCUCAAAAUUAUUCACAAGAAUCAUCCUCAAAAGUUAAUACUUGUUUUUCUCAUCAUUUUGAAACAUUCUCAAAUAUAUAUCAGCAUGAACCAAAUUUGCAAUCAGAUUCAUUAGAUUGUGAUGCUAUUGAAUUUAAAAACCAAAAUUCAUGUGAAAAAAUCAUCAUCGCCUCUGAAGAAAUACAUCAGGAACUGAUGACUCGACCAAAUGUUGAUGAAGGAAUACAGAGUCAGCGUUCAAGUUUAUAUAGUGAAGAUAGUACAGACUAUGAAACAGAGUCAACAGAUGCUGGUGAAAGUGUUGUUACGGUCAUACCUUGUUCUACAAGACCAUCAUCUGAAUAUCAUCAUCAUCAGGAUAAAAGUGUUGGGGAUCUACAUGAUUUUGACCAAGAUGAAGAAUUGUCCAAGUUUAAUAUUGAUGAUUCUUUGACAGAGAUGCAAAAUCAAGUAUUAAUUGGUCAAGAAAUUAUUACUCCAACGCACAGUCCAUCUUUUGAACAACAAGAGGAACUUUUAGCAGCCGAUGGUCCUAAACCUUUAGCACAGGAUGGUCUUUUAUAUUAUGAUUUUGGAGAUUCUGAUGAGCCUCAACAAAAUGCAGAAGAUAACAUGAAAUUUGUUGAUGAUAAUGGUGAUCUUCAAUUUGUUUCUAAAGAUGAAGAAAAAACAGAAUCACAUGAGGCAAGUUCUGAUGGUGUUUCUAUUGACGAUUUAAACCAAGCUGACACAAAGUUAGAGACCAUUAAUAUCGCUACCAUGGGUAAAGAGGAAAAUGAAAAGGCAGAAUCACGGUAUGAUGAUCAAAAUUUAGCAAGUCAUUUGUCAAAUCUUGACGAUUCUCAGCUGAUUCAGAAACAACUACUAGAAACAGCUAUCUUCAGUGUUCCCCAAGUAGAUACACUGUUAAGAAAUAUUAAUGUUAAACAAUCUGAAUUAUAUGAACCAAAAGAAGACUAUCCUGUCAAUGAUCUUCCUAUGACAGAUGCUCACCUACAAUCAUCAGAAGACAAUACAUACAGAAUAGCAACUGGUGAGGCUGCCCCUCAGUUUAGUUCACAGCCUGGUUCAUCAACUGUAUCUGAAGAAUCACAGUUAAUACAACAACCACAGAACAACUGUUCUUCUCUAGAUAAUGAGCAAUCACAACUAUCAACUUCCUUAGAUGGUGCAUCAGCUCAGCUCUAUGAUCAGCUAAGUAAUGUUGAUGACCCACAACACGGUGCUGAUUUAGGAGAAGAUGGACCUAAAGGUUUAGCACAGGAAGGGGUUUUAUUCUCUGAUUUUGGUGACACGGAUAAACCAUAUCAUGACUUAGAUGAAAACAUGAAAAUAGUUGAAGUCAAUGGUAUUCUUCAGUUUGUUUCGACAGACUCAAUGUUUGAUGGUAAUAAAACAGAAUUACAAGAUGAUAUUUCUGAAGAUAAUAUAGCUUCCAAUCAGUCUGGUAAUAUUUUAUCAGAAACCUAUUUAGACUAUAAGAAAUUUUCUGAGGAACAACAGACAAAAGUACUCACUGCUCAUGAAGUUCCAUGCACAGAUGCACAAUUAGAAUUGUCAGGAGACAUUACAGACAGCAUACGUCCAGGUAAAAUGGUAUCUUGUUUUCAAUCUGAUGAAUCUACUUUAUCAGAAGAGUUAAUUCAACCACCAAAUAAAAAAGAUUCUUUAGUCAAUGAUAUUCCUGUGACUGAUACAGCAUUAGAAUCAUCUGAAGACAUCACUGACAAAAAACUGCCUAAUGAGAUUUCUCUAGAAUUUAGAUUUGAAUCUAAUGAUCCCACUUUAUCAGUAGAAGCACAGACAAUUCAAUCACAAGAUGAAAAAGAUGCUGUAAUUCCUAUGACAGAUGUCCCAUUUAAAUCAUCUGAAGACAUUUCAGACAGAAAACUGCCGGAUGGAAUUGCAUCUGAAUCUGAUUUACAACCUGGUGAAUCCACUUUAUCAGAAAAAUCACAGUUAUUUCAACAAUCACCAGAUACAGAUUUAUUGACUGAUGAAGUUGCGGUGACAUAUGCUACAUUAGAAUCAUCCGAAGACCUUACAGGCAAACAAAUGUCUGAAAAAACUGCAUCUGAAUCUGAUUUACAACCUGAUGAAUCCACUUUAUCAGAAAAAUCACAGUUAAUUCAACAAUUAUCCGAUACAGAUUUAUUAACUGAUGAAGUUGCAGUGACAUAUGCUACAUUAGAAUCACCCGAAGACCUUACAGACAAACAAAUUUCUGAUAAAACUGCAUCUGAAAUUGGUUUUCAGUCUAAUGAAUCCACUGUGUUAGAAGAAUCACCCUUAAUUGAACCAUCAAAAGAAAAAGAUUACUUAGUUGAUGAAGAUCCUCUGACUGAUGCUCCAGUAGAAUUAUCUGAAAACAUCACAGAUACAAAACUGCCUGGUGAAAUAUGUGACAUUGCAUUUGAAUCAGGAUUACAGUCUUUUGAAUCAAUUUUAUAUCAUGAAUCAGAGUUAAUACAACAACAAACUGAAAAAGAUUCUUUGGUUGACAUAGUUUCUCAGACUGAAGAAACAUUAGAAUCCGCUAAAGAUACCCCAGAUAGUAAGCAGUCAAGUGAAAUUGUAACAGAAAUGAGUUUACAAUCUGGGGAUAAAAUAAUGGCUGAUUUAUCAGUUCAACAAAUAAAUGAUGACACUCUUUUAACAGAGCUAGAAGACAGCAAUGGACCCAGUACCUCAGAACAAGAAGGUUUGUUGUAUUUCGAUUUUGGAGAUUCUAAAGAACCAGAAACACAUACAGAUGGUGAAAAUAUGGAAAUAGUAGAAAUUGAUGGUGUUCUGACAUUUGUUCCAAAAGAUUCUGUUGUCGAAAACUCAGCUGUUGCUGGUCAUGAAGCUCAUGUGACAGAAUCAUCUGAGGAUAUUACAGACAUAGAAAGAGCAUCCGAACUUGGUUUACAAUCGGGGGAAUCCAUUUCAUCAGAAGAAUUACAGCAAAUUCAACCACCAAGUGAAAAAGAUUCUUUAGUUGAUGAUAUGACUGUUACUGAUCCUGCAUUAAAGUCAUCUGAAGACAUCACAGGCAAAAAUCUGCCAGGUGAAAUUUCUCCAGGUUUUUGUUUUGAAUCUAAUGAUUUAAGGAUAUCAGUGGAAGCACAGUUAAUUCAAGCACCAAGUGAAAAUAAUUCCCUAGUUGAUAUUCCUGUGACAGAUACUCCUUUAGAAUCAUCUGAAGACAUCACAGACAAAAAACCCUCUGAUGAAGUUUCUCCAAAAUUUAGAUUUGACUCUGAUUCCACUUUAUUAGUUGAAGCACAGUCAAUUCAACAAACAGAUGAAAAAGAUGCUGUUAUGUCCAAGACUGAUGGCCCAUUUAAAUCAUCUGAAGACAUUUCAAACAGAAAACUGCCUGAUGGAAUUGCAUCUGAAUCUGAUUUACAACCUGAUGAAUCGACUUUAUCAGAAAAAUCACAGUUUCAACAAUCACCAGAAACAGAUUUAUUGACUAAUGAAGUAAAAUCAACCGAAGACCUUACAGACGAACAAAUAUCUGAUAAAACUGCUUCUGAAAUUGGUUUUCAUUCUAAUGAAUCCAUUGUGUUAGAAGAAUCACUCUUAAUUGAACCAUCAAAAGAAAAAGAUUACUUAGUUGAUGAAGCUCCCUUGACUGUUGCUCCACUAGAAUCAUCUGAAGACAUCACAGAUACAAAACUGUCUGGUGACAUUGCCUUUGAAUCAGUUUUACAUUCUUUUGAAUCAACUUUAUCUCGUGAAUCACAGUUAAUACAACAACCAACUGAAAAAGAUUCUUUGGUUGACAUAGUUUCUCAGACUGAAGAAACAUUAGAAUCUGCUAAAGAUACCCCAGAUAGUAAGCAGUCAAGUGAAAUUGUAACAGAAAUGAGUUUACAAUCUGGGGAUAAAAUAAUGGCUAAUGUAUCAGUUCAACAAAUAAAGAAUGACACACUUUUAACAGAACCAGAAGACAGCAAUGGACCCAGUACUUCAGAACAAGAAGGGUUGCUGUAUUUCGAUUUUGGGGAUUCCAAAGAACCGAAAACACAUACAGAUGACGAAAAUAUGGAAAUAGUAGAAAUUGAUGGUGUUCUGACAUUUGUACCAAAGGAUUCCAUUGUCAAAAACUCAGUAGUUGCUGUUCAUGAAGCCCAUAUGACAGAUGGACAACUAGAAUCAUACGAAGACAUUACAGACACGAAACUGCCUUAUAAAAGUGCAUCUGAACCUGGUUUACAAUCUGGGGAAUCCAUUCCUUCAGAAGAAUCACAGCAAAUUCAACCACCAAGUGAAAAAGAUUCUUUAGUUGAUGAUGUAACUGUCACUGAUACUGCAUUAAAGUCAUCUGAAGACAUCACAGACAAGAAACUAAUAGGUGAAAUUUCUCCAGGAUUCUGUUUGAAAUCUAACUAUUUAACCAUAUCAGGGGAAGCGCAGUUAAUUCAAGCAUCAAGUGAAAAUAAUUCCUUAGUUGAUAUUCCUGUGACAGAUACUCCUUUAGAAUCAUCUGAAGACAUCACAGACAAAAACCCCUUUGGUAAAAUUUCUCCGGAAUUUAGAUUUGACUCUGAUGAUUCCACUUUAUCAGUGGAAGCACAGACAAUUCAACCACCAGAUGAAAUAGAUGCUGUUAUUCCUAAGACUGAUGUCCCAUUUAAAUCAUCUGAAGCCAUUUCAGACAGAAAACUGUCUGACAGAAAUGCAUCUGAAUUUGAUUUACAACCUGAUGAAUCCACUUUAUCAGAAAAAUCACAGUUUCAACAAUCACCAGAAACAGAUUUAUUGACUAAUGAAGUAAAAUCAACCGAAGACCUUACAGACGAACAAAUAUCUGAUAAAACUGCUUCUGAAAUUGGUUUUCAUUCUAAUGAAUCCACUGUGUUAGAAGAAUCACUCUUAAUUGAACCAUCAAAAGAAAAAGAUUACUUAGUUGAUGAAGCUCCCUUGACUGAUGCUCCACUAGAAUCAUCUGAAGACAUCACAGAUACAAAACUGUCUGGUGACAUUGCCUUUGAAUCAGUUUUAAAUUCUUUUGAAUCAACUUUAUCUCGUGAAUCACAGUUAAUACAACAACCAACUGAAAAAGAUUCUUUGGUUGACAUAGUCUCUCAGACUGAAGAAACAUUAGAAUCCGCUAAAGAUACCCCAGAUAGUAAGCAGUCAAGUGAAAUUGUAACAGAAAUGAGUUUACAAUCUGGGGAUAAAAUAAUGGCUAAUGUAUCAGUUCAACAAAUAAAGGAUGACACACUUUCAACAGAACCAGAAGACAGCAAUGGACCCAGUACUUCAGAACAAGAAGGGUUGCUGUAUUUCGAUUUUGGGGAUUCCAAAGGACCGAAAACACAUACAGAUGACGAAAAUAUGGAAAUAGUAGAAGUUGAUGGUGUUCUGACAUUUGUUCCAAAGGAUUCCAUUGUCAAAAACUCAACAGUUGCUGGUCAUGAAGCCCAUAUGACAGAUGGACAACUAGAAUCAUCUGAAGACAUUACAGACAGAAAACUGAAUUAUGAAAGAACAUCUGAACUUGGUUUACAAUCUGGGGAAUCCAUUUCAUCAGACGAAUCAUGGCAAAUUCAACCACCAAGUGACAAAGAUUCUUUAGUUGAUGAAGUAACUGUGACUCAUACUGCAUUAAAGUUGUCUGAAGACAUCACAGACAAAAAACUACCAGGUGAAAUUUCUCCAGGAUUCUGUUUUGAAUCUAAUGAUUUAACCAUAUCCGUGGAAGCACAGUUAAUUCAAGCAUCAAGUGAAAAUAAUUCCUUAGUUGAUAUUCCUGUGACAGAUACUCCUUUAGAAUCAUCUGAAGACAAAAAACCCUCUGAUGAAAUUUCUCCAGAAUUUCGAUUUGACUCUAAUGAUUCCACUUUAUCAGUGGAAGCACAGACAGUUCAAUCACCAAAUGAAAUAGAUAGUGUUAUUCCUAAGACUGAUGUCCCAUUUAAAUCAUCUGGGGACAUUUCAGACAGAAAACUGCCUAACAGAAAUACAUCUGAAUUUGAUUUACAACCUGAUGAAUCCACUUUAUCAGAAAAAUCACAGUUUCAACAAUCACCAGAUACAGAUUCAUUGACUAAUGAAGUUGCUGUGGGAGAUGCUACAGUACAAUCAACCAAAGACCUUACAGACAAACAAAUACCAACAAAAAAUGUAUCUGAAAUUGGUUUUCAGUCUAAUGAAUCCACUGUGUUAGAAGAAUCACUCUUAAUCAAACCAUCAAAAGAAAAAGAUUACUUAGUUGAUGAAGUUCCUUUGACUGAUGCUCCACUAGAAUCAUCUGAAGACAUCACUGACAUAAAACUGUCUGGCCAAAUUAGAGAUAUUGCAUUUGAAUCAGGUUUACAUUCUUUUGAAUCAACUUUAUCUUGUGAAUCACAGUUAAUACAACAACGAACUGGAAAAGAUUGCUUGGUUGACCCUGUUUCUCUAGCUGAAGAACCAUUAGAAUCGGCUAAAGAUACCACAGACAGUAAGCAGUCCGGUGAAAUUGUAACAGAAUUGAGUAUAAAAUCUGGGGAUAAAAUAAUGGCUAAUGUAUCAGUUCAACAAAUAAAGGAUGACGCUCUUUUAACAGAGCCAGAAUACAGCAAUGGACCCAGUACUUCGGAACAAGAAGGUCUGCUCUACUUUGAUUUUGGAGAUUCCAAAGAAUCGAAAAGACAUACAAAUGACGAAAAUAUGGAAAUAGUGGAAAUUGAUGGUGUUCUGACAUUUGUUCCAAAGGAUUCCAUUGUCAAAAACUCAGUAGUUGCUAGUCAUGAAGCUCAUAUGACAGAUGGCCAACUAGAAUCAUACAAAGACAUUACAGACACGAAACUGCCUUAUGAAAGUGCAUUUGAAUUUGGUUUACAAUCUGGGGAAUCCAUUUCAUCAUAUGAAUCACAAUUAAUUCAACCACCAAGUGAAAAAGAUUCUUUGGUUGAUGAUGUACCUGUGACUGACACUGCGAUAGAAUCAUCUGAAGACAUUACAGACGAAAAACUACAUGGUGAAAUUUCUCCUGGAAUUAGUUUUGAAUCUAAUUUAACUAUAUCAGUGGAAUCACAAUUAAUUCAAGGACCAGGUGAACAAGAUUAUUUAGUUGAUGAUGAUGUACCAUUAGAAUUAUCCGAAGACACAACAGAAUCAAUUCAACAAUUACAAGAAAAUGAAUACACAGAAUUAAAAACACACGAGCAAGAGCUUCAAGAUACUCAUAUAGCUGAACCUGAGGAUAGUGGGCCAACAGUUUCCGGACAAGAGGGUAUGUUAUAUUUUGAUUUUGGAGAUUCUGAAAAUCAGCCAAUGCAUACAGAUGAUACAAAUUUGGAAAUAGUGGAAAUUGAUGGUGUCCUGACAUUUGUUCAAAAAGAUUCUUUUGUGAAAAAUUCUGAAGUUCCUGUUACGAGUAUACAAUUGGAAUCAUCUGAAUAUAUUACUGACAGAAAACCAGUUGGUGAGAUAGAAUCUGAAGUACAUUUAGAAUCUUCUGGAUCCACUACUAGUAUAUCUGAAGAGUCAAAGCCAAUUCAACAAUCACAAGAAAUAUAUUCUGCUAAUGAUGAUACUCUGAAGUCAGAUGCACAAUUACAUCCAUUUGAAGAGAGAGUGGAGCCAGGUAAAAUUGAUCUGUUCGGUUUACAGGAAGAAAAAUCUGUAAAAGAAUAUCUUGAUGCAUUAUUGUUGAAAGCUUCAUCUCCAUUUGCUAAACCUGGGGAAAUAACAGUAAAGGAAUACUUAGAUGAGCAAAUAAAACCGCCUAUAGUUCAAACAGAACAGUUAGAUGAGAAUUUAAUAGGCAUCACAUCAGAAUUGUCUUCAUGUAUAGAUUUGCUUCAAAGGGAAAUGGAAGUUGUAAAUCCUGGUCAAAUGUCUGAAGUACUGCCAAUUUCAGAACAUGUUGCAAGCAUUUCUAAAGACAUCAGUGAGCUAAAUGCUGUUCUUAAAGCAAACAACAAACUUGAAAAUGAAAGCACUGAUUCUAUUGAGUUGUUAUCUUAUAAGAAACUACAAAACUAUACAUAUGUUUCUACAGAUUCAGUGGAACUUUUAUCCAACCAAAAGACUAUGAAAAAUGAAAUGCAAUCUGAGUCUACUAUUGGAUCCUUUAGAUCUCCUGGAAUGUCCUAUAGAGAAUUGGUGCAAGAAACUUUGGAAGGUGAAACCAAACCAGAACAAGAUAGUUUAUGUAGAUUAGCUGGGGACACAAAUAUUGUUGAACAAAAAGUAUCUGAUCAAGUUUUUGGACUAGCAUAUGAUGAUUUCUAUAAUAAAGUUCAGACUGACCAAACACCAUUUUCCAUAUUUAUACCAACAUAUGAUGGUGUAUUUCAACCAGAAGCCAAGGUAUUAAGUGGUGAAAUUUCUCACGAAAACUAUGCUUCAAAAUCAGAUUAUAGCAUUAAUCCUGCUGAAGAUCCUGCUGAAGAUGUUAUUAAUGAAAGUACAUUAUAUGUUGAUGAAUGGUUGGAUGGAUGUCAAGAUGCUGAGCCUGUAUCUUAUUCAAGUGAUCCAGUUGAAAGUCAAAAAGAGGUAAAAUCUGAAAUAGAAGAGAUCGAUGAACAAAUUGCUGCUGCUGAUGAUGAUGAUGAUUAUGAUGAUUAUGUCAUUAAAUUAAUUUAUAUUCCUGAUGAAGAAAGAUCCGAUAUGGGGAGUGAACAAAUUUCAGAUGAUCACAUCGUGCCAGAGUGUAGCCUGGCAUCCAAGAACAAAGCAGAAACAGAAUUUCAAACUCUGAUAGAUGGCCUUACAGAAAUUAAAAACAUGCCACUUUCAUCUAGGACUUACGAAUUCUCACCAAAAUCAUUAUCUGAUCUUGCUGAAGAGGUUGUACAGAAUGAUUUCUUUAAAAUCGGAGCUCCCUGUCAGUCCAAUUUUUCAUCUGUAUCUGACAGGAAUCAACAUCUUGCACUACAAGACUUCCAAAAUAUCGACAUGUCAGAAGACAGCACUAAUCAUUUCUGUACUAAAACUGAUAAAAAAGAAAAAAUUAUUGUUUCAAAACUAGAUCCAGUUAAACAAGAUCUGUUUGAUAAAUUUGAGGAAUUAUAUGUUUUGGAAGCUGAUGACAGUACUGUUGAUCCUGAAUCACAAGAUGUUGAACUUGGUGAAGCUCAAUUAGAUGAAUCUUCUUUGGAUUCCUAUCAAGGAUCACUUGAAUCUCUUUAUGUAACAGCAGAAGAAAUGACUCCUUCAGAAGGUGAUAAAUCCUCUUUAGGUAAGGAUACAGAAGGUGACAGCUUUGACGAAGAUCUUGACUCUGAAGCUGAUCAGGUUACCCUAGGAACUGAGGAAAAUACACUUCAAGUAGAUGGAAAUAAUACAGUUAAUAGUGACAACUGCACAGAUACAGAUAUUGAAGAUGAAGAAUAUGACCAACUAGAUUCGGAAGAUGAAGUAGUAAUGGAAAGACCCUUACCAAAUGAAUCACAAAACUCUCAUGAUCUUUUAAAAGACCCCAAUCUGAAAGAAAUCCAAACAAAUCCCGAAGAACAUCUUUUCAGGAAAGUGGAUGAAACAAAAGAAAUCUACCUGGAUAAUCUGGGAGAUCUUUCAGCAGAAGUAGAUUUGGAUGAUUCAUUAGAACACCUGAAACCAUUAGAAGAUCUUUUGAAAGCUCACCAUCUUGAAGAUCCAGAAGUUACUUUAUUAAGACAGAUUUAUAAUGAUGGAACCACAUCUAAACCCAUGGUUGCACAAGAAACCACUCUAGGGGGAGAACAUAUGAUUUCUGAAGUGAGUUUUGGACUAGAGGAAAAAUCAAAAGAUACGGUUCCUUUUGGAGAGACAACUGAUUAUUCUUUAGGCCUAGAUAAUGCACAGCCCAAGUUAUCCGAAAAGUACAUGACAAAUGAGAAUGUUGAAGAUGAUGAUUCAAAUGAGAGAACCGUAGAUUUACUCAGCCAGUAUAUCUUACCACACGAAACUGACCUAACACAAGAAUUCAAAGAUGCUUUGACCAAACAGAUUGAGGAUGUUGAGCAGUGUCCUGAUACAGAAAUGGCAGAAAUUAUUGCUGCACAAGGCUUAGCAACAAUAUUAGAAGAAGAAGAAGAAUUGGAAAGUAGUCAAGUAUCUCGUUCCAGGCGAACCAAGAAAGAAGGUGGCCAGGAAAUGGAGGCUAACCUAGAACGUCAUCUUUUGGAGAGAACUCACUUAGAAGAAGAAAUUGUACAUUUAAUGAAUGAAAUCUUGUCUGUGGUCUCUGCUAAAGUAACAAAAGAUGAUGAAAGGGCAGAAGCAACAAAACUAGCUGAGGAAAUAGAAGAAAUAACACACCAAAUGAAAUAUCGAAGACAGAUGGUGGAGAUGAUUGCAGAAGAAAUUGGUGAAUAUCCAGAUGAAUUAGUUAAAAUUUCAGAAGACCAUGAUAAUGCUAUUGAGGAGGCACAGAAUAUCAAAAAAGCUAUUGAACAGAUCAAUGAAAGUCAUUCUACUGUGAAACAUGAGCCGUCAUUAACAGCUUUUGGGAAGGUGGACGUCAAAGAAGUAAAACAUUUUGCUCCUUUUUUUACUAACGAAGCCUCAGAACACAAAGAACUUUCUAGCCGUUAUGAUGAUUUGCAGAAUCUGGAUGAUCUUGCUGAUGAUGAUGAAGAAAACUAUAUGUCUGAAAAACUCAGAGAUCCAUCCGAUUUUGACAAUCCAAAGGCUAUUUCCAUCACUGAAAUAGGAGAAGGUUCCCAGCUUCAACCAGAGAAAAACAUUUCCAACCAAAAUCAAAUGGUCGCAGUAUCUACAGAUAAACUGAUUGUUAGAGACGAAAGUUUACAGAAACUCCAAGAAAGUGAUGCCUCACUGAUAUUUACUGAAGUCCAGUCAUUACAAACAGAUGAAACAACCAGUGAGAUGAUGGAUAGAGAUAGGGUUAUAUCUCAUUAUGAAGGUCUAAUUGAACCUGACCAAGCACUUCUGUAUAAACUUGAAACAUUAUAUUUCAUUGAUAAUAUGGAGGACAAUAUGAAAGUUGAUGAAGAUGUGGACAAAGAAAGUUUUACUCAAGAAUUUAAAGCUAUGCAAGUACCAUUAAGGACACGUACUGAAAAAGACUUUAAUGUUAAACAUUUUGAUGAACACGAAAAAAGAAAAGAAGAAAAUGAGCCAUUACAUUUAAUCAUUGAAUCAAACCCAGUUGAGAAAAGCGAUGUUUCUAUAAACAUUACAGGUACAGAAACUCCAGAUGUUGAGCCUUUGGCUGCUGAAGAUAAACAUUUAAAUAUAGUAUCUUUUGAUGUACCAGCAACUAUUUCUGAAGAAAUUACUAGAGGUGUUGUUAAACCAAGCAUUGGGAGACAAAUCUCAGAACUAUCACUGGAAAUUGGAAAAUCGACAAAAUCAGAUACUAGACACCAGGAUGUACAGAACAGAGAUAUUGUUCAAAAUGAUAGUGAAUUUAACCGACUUGAACAAGAGAAUAAACAAAAACAACAUUUCACAAGUUCUUCUGCAGUCCUCAUUGAGAAUUUUGAAAUUAGUAAUUUGACGCCUUCCCCACUGCCAACCAAGACUACAGAACACAAUAUUUUUCUUAACAUGGCAGUUGUUGAGAUACCAUCUACUGAUGAAUGCAGUAUAAGUGUAACACACUCUGAUAUGGAUGACAUUGUGUUUGGUAUUGAAACAGAAUCUGAAUGUGACAGGGGUAAAACAGAAACUGGUCAUUCAGGGGAAUCAGAACUGGAUACUGAACAACCGUCUUUUGAUCGUGUACCAUGGAGCAGCAGAAAAGAUCUGUAUGGAUAUAAAGAUCCUAGUCGGGUUUACAAAUCGGAGUUCACCAAAGAGAUAAAACAAUCUGCGGCUGAACAAGAACUUCAGUUACAUAUGCAAUCGGUAGAGCAAGCUACAGAGCUUCAGUUGAAAAGAGGUUAUAUGAAGGGACAAGUGUAUCAAUGUAUGCAGAAGGCAGAUAUCAUAGAGGAUGAACUUGAGGUCCAGUUAGAAACCGAUGCCAUGGAGCAACCAGAAGUCAAUUUAAAAACAGAUGUUAUAGGGGAAGAACCAGAGCUAUCUUUUAAGACAGAUGUCAGAGAUGGAGAACCAGAGAUCCAGUUAAUGACAAGUAUGAAGGAACACCCUGAACUCCAAUUAAAAACAGAUUUAACAGGAGAAGCAGCAAUUGAAUUGAAAGUAGAUACAAUAAAAAGAGAAUCAGAGAUUCAAUUAACAACAGAUAUCAAAGAGAAAGACCCAGAUAUCCAAUUAAAAAUAGAUAUAGAGAGAGAACCAGCUUUCAAAUUAAAGUCAAAUAUAGAAGUAAAACCAGAGAACCGAUUAAAGAUUGUUGAAGAAGGAAAACCAGAGAUCCAGUUAAAGUCAGAUAUCGUAGACGGAGAAUCAGUGAACCACUUGAAGACUGAUACAAAGAGAGAACCAAAUACCCAAUUAAAGUCAGAUAUCAUAGAUGGAGAAUCAGAGAACCUAUUAAUGAGUGGUAUAGAAGGGGAACCUGAUAUCGAAUUAAAGUCAGAUAUUGUAGACGCGGAACUAGAGAACCAAUUAAAGACUGAUAUAGAAGGAGAACCAGAGAUGCAAUUGAAAAUAGACGGACAGUCAGAAACCAGUUUACAAGGACGACAAUUGUUCGAACAAAAGAUUCAGUCCAAAACGGAUAUCAUGCAAGUAGAAUCAGAUUUUGUAUUAAAAACAGAUGCUGUAGAGAUGGAACCAGAUACACUGUUAAAAACAGAUGCCAUAGAGGGAAAACCGGAGAUACAGUUGAAAUCAGAUAUUGUAGAAAAAGACCCAAAGAUCCAGUUAAAAACAGAUCCAAUUUGGGAAGCAAUAGAGUUUCAUCCAAAUACUAAGGAAGAACAAGAACCUCAGCAUGAGAUAGUAGAUGUAACUCAGAGAGAACAAGAGUUAGAACUGUUAAUUGAUACAGCAGAGCUCAAAUUAAAAAUGGAUACUACAGGGGAAGAGCCAAUGAUACCUUUAAGGACAGAAAAUGCACCAGGACUGAAAAUAGAUACUGCGAAGGGAGAACCAGAAUUCCAACUGAAAUUAUAUACUACGAAAGGAGAUCAAAAACGUCAACUAACAAUAGAUGGAGACCAAGAAUGGAGUCCAGAGAUCAAUAUUAGAAUGGGUGCCAAAGAUUCAGAGCUUAAAUUAGCAACAUAUGUUUUAGAGGAAGAUCAAGAUCUUCAACAGAAUGUAGAUACGACAAAGCAUGACUUUCAACAAACAUCAGAUACAUCAGGUGCUGAACAGUAUGAUGAAUCACCUAUAUCUAGUGAUAGAACCUUGGAUAUUAAACAGACAGUCUCUUCAACAGAGGAAGGAUUGAAUUUUCAGGAUAUUUGUUUGGAACAGGCACAGAUGGUAUCAACUAAACGUUUAGAAGAGAUGACACAUUUACAAACCGAUGUCCAAGAUAAAGAUGUAUCAACAAAAAUGCAUGACAACCAAUAUACCAAAGGGACAUCCCUUGAAGGUUUAAAAACAUUUUCCAUUGCAAAUGUGCAAAGGGAGGAGAACACAUCUGUUGAAGAGCAUGAAUACUUAUCAGCAGAAAUACAACAUAUGCAAAGUUUAGAAUUUUCAGAAGAUGAAGAUUUUAUAAGAUCAGUGAAAGAUGAAAUCACCAUUGACGUCUAUUCCAGUGAAAAGAGCAAAUUUCUAAAUGAAAAACAUUCUGGUGAAGAAACUAAACAUGAAGAGAUAUACGACUCUGUAGCAUGUGAGACCCUACCCGAUGAUCAGUAUGCCAGUGAACUUGAAAUAAGUGCAAUGGAUAAUUCGGGAGAAAUAUUAAAAGAGUUGACACUAAGCGAAAGUGACAGUGUUGAAUUGGAAGUAGAAAGGCUGUGCAAUCAAAUGCCAGCACCGCCUCGUGAAAACAGGGGUGAAACACCACAGGAAAUAAUGACAAGAAUUCUCAUGGAAACAGAAGACAUACUAAAUUCUUCAUCUCAGAUCGACACUAAACAUGAUAGCAGUCACGAUGAUAUAGCCUACAUUACCGGAGCAGUGAAUAUGUUAGAUGAUAAUUACUCAGAGAAUGGUUUCAACAAGUUUACACCUGAAAGCACACCUUUUUUAGACGGGAAGCAGGAUGUUAUUGCCAUGGACAGUUUAUCAGAAGGCGGAUGCCAUGGGAAAGAUACGCAAAGUGAAGGUCAAUCCAAUGUUUCCGAAGAAAUUUUACAGAGCGGUGUUUUGGAGAAAUGUAUCAUAGAAUCACUACGAUCAACUGAAAGUAUAUACUAUUCAACAGUUGAGACUACAAGCUCAUCAGAUAUGGUAGAUCAAGAGUUAAACAAGAGAGAUGAGGCAACACCAAUAAUGGAUUUUUCUGGGUAUAUUUCUGAAGUUAUGUAUCAAUCUGCCCUUACGACUGACAGCAGAGAACAAAUGGAAUCAAACACCUCCGAUGAUGCUUUGGACAGGGAAUUAAAAACACUCGAAUCUGAAAUUAAACGAAAGAAAGAAGAGAUUGAAAUCCAGUCAACCACUAGUCAGGGGAUAGCAUUUUCAAAAUUUUCUUCAGACGAAUUUGUGGCACCACAAGUAUUUUCAGCUUCUAUUGACAGCGACGUUCCGUAUGGGGCGUCAGCUUUAGCAGGUUACUCCUCACAGGAAGAAGAGGAUAUUGACUUUGAGGCAGCAGAGGCGUGGGCUGAACAUUCAAAUGAAGCCAAUUUCCUUGAAGAGACUCGAGGCACAAGACAGUAUACAGAAUCGCAGCCUAUUCUAAAAGCAAAGCAAUUUGAUUCAAAUGUGCCGGAUAUUGUUAUUACAGCCAGUACCCCAGGUGAUGACUACCUUCAUAGUUGGGGCUUCUUAUCAGAAGACAAUUUGGAUAGUGAAGUUGUCCAGUACAGCCAAUAUGCUGAGGACGACGAUGGUAUACCAGCAGAUAGAGAUUUGAGAAAACAGUUUUCAGAAUUCUUGGAUGAAUCUGAUGAGGAUUCUGACCUUGAUCGACAUCAAAUUGGACUUUCACAAAUACAUACGGAGGCACAGGGGCAAGAAUUGGACCUAGAUCAACUUGUCGGCAGACUUAAUUUACACCAAAUUCAACCUGGGGAAGGUGAUGGUCCUUCAGAAGAAGAACAUCUUUCACGGUUAGCUCAGCAGUUUGAUCUUUUAACUCCCCCUGAUUCUGUCUCGUCAGAAUCAGAUUCUGCAUCUUUAGAUGCCGAAUAUGAAAUGGUCCAUGUUAACGACACUGAUGAUGAUUUAAAAGACGACGCUCAUAUAGAUGACGAUUGGGUAUUAACUGACAGACAAGACGAGGGACCGAAGGGUACUGAAACCGCUGCGUGCAUGGAUGAAGAAAUGAAAACUAGUAUUGACCAAAAACAAGAAAGCUAUACUGAAGAGCAAGGACAAAUUUCAGAGACGGGCACUUCGGAAAUUCAAGAAGCUACAGUUAAAAAAAACAGACUUCCGUCACUGUAUCAAAGAACAAUGUCUGCAGCCUUGUCCGGUGUCACAGAUAAACCAGACUGGCAAAUAGAUAUGGCAUCGGUAGUGCUUGAGGGAGAUUUUGUUCCGGAUGAUGACGACAACGUGUUUAUUAAUGACACGGAUCCAGGCGACGAAGGAACAUGCAAGAAAAGUGACGAUGAAAGUACACCCAAAAGUGAGAGCAGUCUCAUAUCACUUACAAAUCCUUUCAGUGCCCUUUACAGUGACUCAACAGAUACUGCCUCAGAAUGCGACUCCGAAAGAAGAUCUACAUUAGAAGCUUCAAUUUCACAGGAAAGGAAACGCCAGUUGCAAGUCGGACAGAAAUCUUCUAUUAGAAAACCUGAUGAUGUUGAUUCUACUUCAAAGAAGAAGAAAAAAAAGAAAGUGAAGAAAACGACGGAAGAGCAACCUCCUCGUCCAUCACUGCCACCACUUGAACUUCCUGGGAAUGGGGUACUACUGAAAAAAAGUCGCUCACCGUCAUUGGAAAAGAAAGUAGAAACAUUUAAAUUGGGCAUUGGAUUGGAACAAGAGCUAGAUGAAACACUAAAAAAGCUAGAAACGAAAAAACGUAAAAAGAAGAAGAAGAAGGGUAAAGAAAUUUCAGCGAGUUCCCAACUCAAUUCAGAAUCUACCAAUACAAAAACUACACCCAGCGCUAAACCUGUUAUAGUAGUUACUGAUGUGAAUAUAAAAACUAAAAAGAAGAAAGCUGAGAAAGUUACAGAUACUGGUUCCGACAGGUGGACAACUUCAGAACCAGACGGUGUUGGAUCUGUUUAUUCUCUAGGUGCCACAGCAGACAUGUCACCAAUAAGCCCUGCGUCAGAACCCGAGUCCCUAUCAUUACCGAAUACGAAAUCAAAGACCAGGAGGUCCCGCUCUCCGAAAGUUACAGAGUACCCUGGUACAUCAAAGGAGCAACAUAAAAUAUCUCGCGAGGUUAAAAUGGCAACAUUGGAUCCCGGAGUAAGGAGGAGCCGUACUCGUAGUCAACACUCGCAUUCUAGUUCACGAAGCCCAAGAAGAAGAAGAUCAAAUGUUGUUGUAGUCGACAAUGUCCAAAAUUUCUAAUAUGAUUUGUUUUGUUAUUAUUUUACUAAAAAUUUUACAGGUCAAAUUUUAACCUUAAGUCUUAUAAAGUUAAUCCCUCCUUUAGAAAAGACUGUUAGGGUUUUGUACAAUGUAUUCUUGUUUUUCUAAUAAUAAUUUUUCAAAAUAGUUGUGUAUAUUUUUGUGACAGUGAAUUUGUAGGCGUAAAAUGAUAUGUAUAUCUUUUUUUUUAUAUCUUUUUAUGUUUUCGAAAAUGUGACCUAUAUAAUGGGAAGCCAUCCGCAAAACAGAUAUAAAAAAGUCGUCUUGAAGACCUUGAGAGAGAGAGAAAUGAUUACUGAUUUUGUCAUCAUAUAAACAUUACAGUUUUGUGGAAAUUGCCAUCAAUUCUCUCGAAGAAUUGAAUUUAUACCGAUCACGACUUUUUUAAGUGGGUUUUUUUUGGGGGGGGGGGGGGUAGAAAUAGAAUUAUUUUAAUUUAGUUCAAUACACACAUUUUUUGUAAUUUUCAUAAAAGUAAUGUGAGUAUGGAAAGUGCAACAUUGACACGUCAUAUUGCGGGAACGAUUGUAAAUAAGUUUAUUGGAUUAAGGAAUGUAAAUAUGAAUCUUUUUAAUUUGCGAAACGUGUCAAUGUCUCGCUACUCCUAUACACAUAUUAACCUUGUAGUUAAUAAAGAUUUUAUAUUAUGA